AUGUUCGCCAAAAUUAUAGCUUUCGGAGCCUUCUUGGCAGUUGCCAACGCUGGUCUGUACGGACACGGACACGCCGUCUCUUCACAGAGCAUCGUUCGUCACGAUGAAGGGCACUACGCUGCUCCAUUGGCCUAUGCCGCCCCAUUAGCAUACGCCGCACCCUUAUCAUAUGGAGGACAUUAUGACGGACACGAUGUAUAUGCCCACCCUAAAUACGACUUCGCGUACUCAGUGGCCGACCCGCACACCGGCGACCACAAGUCGCAGCACGAGAGCCGCGACGGCGACGCCGUGCACGGCUACUACUCGCUGCUGCAGCCUGACGGCUCCGUGCGCAAGGUCGAAUACACCGCUGAUGACCACAACGGUUUCAACGCGGUCGUACAUAACUCGGCACCCUCAGUUCAUCCCCAGCCCGCCUACAACCAUUACUAUUAA